AUGGGCGUGAACUACACAACUUUUAAAUACAAUCAAAGUGGCGUAGUGGCUACUCUUAUUGUCGAGACGCCAGGAGAAAACGAUGUAGCAUGGCAACGCUUCUGCAGAGCAGGUCCGAUAGCGUAUCUGCCUUUGUCUUCCAAACUUUCUUCUCUUGUAUGGACCACCUCAACGGAGCAUGCGCAACACCUGUUGUCGUUGACGAAAGAGGAAUUCGUUGAUGAACUCAACCACUCAAUGUUCACAGAGGAAGAUCAAAAUGACUGGGUGAACAGAUCAUUGUUUCUUCUUUCAAAAGUGCCUUUCGUCUCGAAAGAGAUAGGUAUGUCCGCCGUUCCUCCACACGUCGUCGCUCUUCAGGGAGAUACUCGUGCUGCAUACCCACUCGGCUUCGGACACUCUCAUACGUACGUGCUUCUGAGGUGUGUUCUGAUUGGAGACGCUGCUCACCGUAUCCAUCCUUUAGGAGGUCAAGGUGUGAAUCUAGGUUGGAACGAUGUGAUGGUGCUUAACAAAGUUUUGUCAAAGGCAUCAUCUGACGGCGCAGAUCUCGGUUUGUCAUCAUGUGCUAUAUAUCAGUCACUAUCAUAA